AUGGUGAACCGCAGUGUCGAAAGAACAACGGAAGCCGGCGUUUGAUGCCCCAAGAGCAGCAGCUGAACAGCACAGAAUAGAACAGGCCCUCCACGAGGACUAGCCUCGACCGACGACAGUAUAUAGUGUUGGAGAAGAUCACCUGACGGAGCGCGGUUGUUGGUGAGGAACGUUUGAAGCCCAGGAUUUGAAUCAGUGCAACUCGCGGAUCGGCAUUCCAGCAGGUGCCAACAAAAGUGACUUGGUGUGGUUAUUUUAGAGAGAAGUGCGAAACGCGGCUGCUUCCGGUCAAUUGAAGAUAGUUCCGAAACUGUGUCAAUUGAAAAUCCGUUUCAGUGCGUAAGCGUUCGUUGGCUGUGUUUAAAUUUCGCCACUAAAAUAGGAAUCAUCGGCUUUUUGAAGAGAUAGAUAGAUCAUCGCCAUUUCUCUGUCACCUCAACCGGAAUAAGCACUGCACCAUCACUGUAUCCACAUAUCCAUCCACCCACUGAAGACCACCGCCAUCAGGACCACAGAGCUAUGAAACUAAUUGCGCGCAGUCAUCGUCAUCCCGCCACGGCCAUCUACAGCGCCUCUUCGCUAAUCCUUCUCGUCAGUGCGGUGCUGGUGAUGAGUUCCAUGGUGUGCUGCAGUGCCGAUCCAUCGCCACUAGAGGCCAACAGCCUGUUCGGAGUGGACGAGAAGAGUGAGUAUAGAGAUGUGAACGACAAGCGGCCGUUCUUUGUCGGCAGUCGAUAUGGCCGGUCGCACGUGUAUGGUGGGAAAGAUCUCCGCCAGGUGAACGUCGUUCCCCGGAACGACCGCUUCUUUCUGGGAUCCCGCUACGGGAAACGCUCCGACACGCUUACGAAAGAAAUCGAAACCGACAACAACAACGGAGCCGAACUGACCUAUCUGGCCUGUCUACACACGGGUGUCUCCAACCUGUACCGAUGCUAUGGAAAGGAACGCGAACAGCAAUAUAGCGAUGAUCUGGACUCUUCGAGCCCCUAAGACGAGUGGAGUUACUAAAGCCAGAAGUCCCCUCCCGUCAUUCCGAUUGCCAACAUCAACUACCAUCACGCUGCUACACAGAAAUUAAUACGACGUUAAUAGACACACCUUUCCAAUUGAAGUCAGAGCUAAACAUUAGCCACUGAAAUGGCUCCGCUUGCUGAAUAGAGAUUUAAAGAACGCUUGAAGUUUAACUGUGACCUAUUGUUGGGUUCAAGAUAUCAGUUCAACUUCAAGCUUCGAUCGAGGCUGGGUGAUUUCUGUUCAGCGAUCUGAGAGCUGAGUAGGCUGUGGCAUUCAGUAUUUUUGCUUUGGAUCAUUAAUUUGUUACAAAAAAAAUGUUAAACCACUACGUCAUAGAUCCAAAAUGAGGAAACACGCACUGACUGUCGUUUAAGGUCUAUUCAUUACCCUUUUAAAAGUUAAUAUUUAUGUACUAGAUAUUUUUGAAAAUUGUUGCAAAUAAAUGGAAAACAAACAAGCAAAUCAACUGUCAAAGACUUUACAUUGUACUGUUAUCGAAAUCAUUGUGAUUGUACAGCCAAUCUAUAAGUAUACACAAUUAUAAAUUAAAAACAACGUAUAUGCUUUCAAAGGUAAAAUGGGCCCCCAUUCACAAUCACAACAUUGAAUAGCUCAAAUGUAUAUUUACUUCAAAUGUUUUAAAACUAUACGGCAAAGCAAAUCCUAACCUAAAGCUGCACUGUUCUUGCAAGAGGUGAAUACAAGCGAAAAGUCAAAGAGCGAGAAAACUGUUAUGUAAAUAAAUUACACUUGCUAGUGUCAUACAAACUCAA